GGGCGGCGCCGUGUGCGGGGAGAAGGCGGCGGUGUGGGCGGGGUCUCCGGUGCGCGCUCUCCGCUACUCGGUUUUUUUUUUCAUCUCCUCAGGAAGAUGGCGGCGGUGAGCGGUGAGGCGGCCGGGAGUCUGCACCGCAUGGAGGAGCCGCUAGGGGGCCGAGACACCGAGGUUUCUGCCUUCUACGCCGACACCCGGACACCUUUUCAGUAUGACGGCAUGCUGGCGCCAAGGACCGGCCAGUGCCAGGACUUCCUGUGCGGGGCGCUGCAAUCUCCCAACGCAGCCGUCUCCCAGCCUCAACCUGUACAGAGCCGCUUCCCUCCAGUGUUUUCCAGCGUCAUCCCCGUCCCCAGACACAGGGCUCCGGAGAAGAGAUGGCUGGAGAUAAACGGAUUGGAUGAGGCAAUCGCAGCAGCUGCACUCACUAGCUUGUCCUCGGGGCCCAUGGCGUUGGGAGCAGGAGCAGGAAGUCUCAGUGAGGCGUGCGCAGUGAGCUCCAUCCUCUCGUAUAGCUCUGGUUCUUCCAAUGGCUGUGACUUUUACACCUCCUUCCCCACCACGCCGUCUCCUCCUCUGCAGAAUGCCCCCUUGUCUGCCCAUUCCGACGCCGGCCUUGAGGAUUCUGACACCACCCACUUCCUGUUUGGUGACCCCACCCCCCGAAAGAGAAAGAAUUCCGGACGUCUUAUGUUCCGCUGCCUGUGGAAAAAUUGUGGGAAAGUUCUCAGCACAUCUACAGCCAUCCAGAAGCACAUCCGGGCGGUACAUUUGGGGCGCUGCGGAGAGCAGGGACACAACGAUGGCGAGGAGGACUUUUACUACACGGAAAUGGAUGUUAAUGUGGACACACUGACAGACGGACUGUCCAGCUUGACUCCCACGUCGCCUACCACCAGCGGGCCCCCGCCCUUCCUCUGUCCAGGGUCCCUUGGAGCAGCCAACAGCACAGAGCUGCCCCUAAUCUCCCCGCUCAGCCUAUCAGCACCUAGCACACUGUGCCACGUGCACACUGACCAUGCUUACCAGGCUCCCUCCCCCAUCAAUGUUUCUGUGACACCCAAGAUGAGCCUAUCCUGGCAGCCGCCUCCUCUUCUCAUCAAGGCACCUCCAGCCCGGCCAACGCUGAGUAUCGGAGAGAAGAGGCCGCAGAUCCUGACCGCUACUCCCAAUCCCAAGCAAGUGACCGGGACACGGAAGCCACGAGGGGAAGCCAAGAAGUGCCGCAAGGUAUACGGAAUGGAGCGCAAGGAGAUGUGGUGCACCGCCUGCCGCUGGAAGAAGGCCUGCCAAAGGUUCAUAGACUGAUGAUGGUGUACAAUCACUUCACCUCAACUGCCCCUCCCCUAGGGGGCACCACCUGAGCUGCCUCAGCUCCGUUCCCAGCAAGAAUCUGAUUCAGGACACUUGUGAUACAGCUGAUAUUUUUAUAAAUGGAUUGUAUUUUUUAUUUUAUUUUUCUCUCUCUCUACGGUCUGGAGCUGGACACAGGAGACGGUCGUGCUCAAUAGGAGCCUUCUUCAGGUAGCGCCCAGCGAAUUCCUGAGGUUCUGCUUGUGGACUGUUGGUGAGAAAGACGAGAAUGAAUUGUUUUUUUUGUUUUUUUUUAACCGUGA